AUGCACUUCCAGCCGAUCGAGCCCUCUGGCGAGGAAGCCCAUCCCUCGGAUGCUGCCGAUGCCGCUGUGCCCCGCGACACGCCUCUCACCACGGAUGCCUCCCUAGAUGACGUCUUCGGUUCUGCCUCCCCCGAGCGCCAGGACGCCUCUCAUCCCUCGGACAUGCGGCGUCUGCAGUCGGAGCACACCACCACCGGGUACCGAGAGGCUAUUGCCGUGGCAAAGGCGUCCACCAUCCAGGCGGGCUUCGACGAGGGCUUUAGCUUGGGCGCUACCAUCGGUCUGAGGGCCGGCCGUCUGCUGGGCAUGCUCGAGGGCAUCUCGGAUGCCGUCGGGGGUCGGCCCGACGACGAGGAUGCCGCCGCCGUGGCCAAGCUGUUGGCCGAGGCGCGUGACGAGCUGAGCACAGGCCGCGUAUUCGACCCGGCUUACUGGGCCACGGACGGCAAUUGGACCUUUGACGUUGAGCCUGCAAGCAACGGCGAAAUCCUCUUUACAGACGUGGCUGACGCUCACCCGCUCAUCUGCAAAUGGAGCAAUGUUAUCGGCGACCAAAUCAAGCUGUGGAGAAUAGAUGAGGCAAUCCUGGGGGCCGACGCCGGUCCGCGAUUGGACCCCCUUGUUGACGAAGCGCCCGGCAUUGCCGCCCCCUCGACGACGGCCAAGAAGCCGUUGGACUGGUGA